AUGCUUGCUCUGAUCAUAAUCCGUGGCUUUGGUGGUCGCGGUGGUCGUGGCGGUGGUGAUCGCGGCCGCGGUGGCCGCGGUGGCCGUGGUGCUCCCCGUGGUGGUCGUGGUGCUCCCCGCGGUGGUCGUGGCGGUGCUGCUGGUGCCCGUGGCGGUGCCAAGGUUAUCAUUGAGCCUCACCGUCACGCCGGUGUCUUCGUUGCCCGUGGUGGUAAGGAGGAUCUGCUUGUCACCAAGAACUUGACCCCUGGUGAGGCCGUCUACGGUGAGAAGCGUAUCUCCGUCGAGGCUCCCGCCGUUGAGGAUGGCACUGUUACCAAGGUCGAGUACCGUGUGUGGAACCCCUUCCGUUCCAAGUUGGCUGCCGGUAUCCUCGGUGGUAUGGACAACAUCUACAUGAAGCCCGGUGCCAAGGUUCUCUACAUUGGUGCUGCCAGCGGUACCUCCGUUUCCCACGUCGCUGAUAUUGUCGGCCCUACCGGUAACGUCUACGCCGUUGAGUUCUCUCACCGCUCUGGUCGUGACCUGAUUGGCAUGGCCACUCACCGCACCAACGUUAUCCCCAUUGUUGAGGAUGCCCGUCACCCUCUCCGUUACCGCAUGCUCGUGCCCAUGGUCGAUGUCAUCUUUGCCGAUGUUGCCCAGCCCGACCAGGCCCGUAUCGUUGGUCUUAACGCCCACAUGUUCCUCAAGGAUGGCGGUGGUGCCAUUAUCUCCAUCAAGGCCAACUGUAUCGACAGCACAGCCGCCCCCGAUGUUGUCUUCGCUCGCGAGGUCCAAAAGAUGCGUGACGAGAAGAUCAAGCCCAAGGAGCAGCUGACCCUCGAGCCCUUCGAGCGUGAUCACUGUAUCGUCGGUGGUAUCUACACCCGCUCAUAA